AUGCUGCGAUUUCGUCGUCGCCUUACCUGUUUCACCGGUAUUGGCAAUCCUGAACCGAAGUAUGCAGGUACAAGGCAUAAUGUUGGUUUAAUCAUUUUAGAUCUAUUGAAAAAUCGUUUUGAUGCGGAACAAAUUCAUCCAUACAAGGUCUCUUCACUUUCACCUGCUAAAUACUGUCAGAUCUCGUCACAAUUGGUAAUGAUUAGAUCUGAUGGUGACUACAUGAAUUUAAGCGGCAAGACUGUAGUCCCGAUGUGGAAUAGACUACCUCAUCGCGACCAUGUGACACAUGUUGUACUCCAUGAUGAAUUAAGCUUACCAUUGGGUAAAGUGCAGUUACGAAAGCCGGGAACAAGUUUACGUGGCCAUAAUGGAUUGAAAAGUAUACAAAAUUGUUGGAGAAAUGAUAAUUUCUAUAGAUUAUCGGUCGGUAUCGGUAGACCACCUCAAAGAGAUUCUACAGUGGUAUCCGACUACGUCUUGUCGAAGUUUGAUGAGCGAGAAUUGGAAAUUUUGCAAACUAAAAGUUUUAAAACUGCAUGGGAGAGAAUCGGACAUCUUGUAAAUAAUAAAUGA